UGGCCUGGAUUUAUCCUUCACCGGCAUUGGGUCGCUACCGUCCACUGCAUUCAAUCCGUCCUCUUUUCCGUCCGACUCGUCUAUGCUCGCGUCAGCUGGAAAUAAAGUUUAAAGUUUUAGUUUUUUCCUAGUUCCUUGAUUUGAAUACUUGGAUUGUAGCUAUAUUUACUUAUAUGGGAAUUUAUGAAGAUUUGUUUGUGAAAAAGGGGUCGAAGAAUUGCUGAAAGAUUCAGAUUAAUGUCCAGGAAUUGUUACCACUCUCUGGAUUAACAUUAGGUUUGAGCGUCUAGGUUCGAAUAAUGUUUCUAGAUAAAUUUACUUUAAAAAAAUUAAGAAAAUGAAGAGAACCUGCGAGCGAAAAGUGGCACAUCUGUUCAGAUUUUUUUUUUUUUUUUCUCAUAAUUCAUAUUUUAAAAUAUGAAGGUAAAAUGUUAUAUAUUUUUAAGUGGUGCGGAAGCGGAGGUUAUGUUUAGAAUUUUUAUUUUUUCUAUACUUGUAACGAGUUUCGCAUAUCCGUGCACUUCUUCACAGUCUUCUUAUUUACACCAUCGCCCCUCAUUUUUUCCUUUUCCCCCUUUGAACUUUGGAGUCCUAAAAUAUGCAUCGUAGAAGUUGCAACCCCUUUUGUGUGGUUCUAAUACAUUGCCAGUCACAUGAUGCAUUAGAUUUCCAAUGAGUAUGGUUUACAAGAAUCAUAGGGUCCCACCAUUAAUGUAAUAUAUCUUAAAUCUGCUAUCUCUCUUUAUUUUUGGGGUGUAGCAACGUGCAAUUUUAGAGAGUAAUAAUUAUGGAUGAAGAGGCUCAACUGUUGGUAUCCUCUCGAUUGAACACUUGAACCAUAGAGGAGAUCGGACUAAUCAAAACCUGUAUUCCAAAGAUUCUGAAGAGGGUUUCUCCCAUCCAGGGAGGUCAUCUGAAGAUUAUCCCAUGAAGAUUGUUUGGAAGAAAGGGUUUAUUCGAUUUGUUCUUGUGGCAGGCAUCUUGUGGAUGUUACUAACUCUCAUUGCAUUGUUGUUCCAUGUAUGGUCUUGCCAAUCUUCAGUUUCUUUCUUUUCAGCAAUAUGUAAUAAAGAUAGCAAAGUGUUCACAAUUUUAAACAAUACGGGCAUUGUUUCAGAACCUCUGAAUCUCCAACACCGCUGUCCAAUUCCCCUUUCCAAGGACCCUGAUAAAAUAGUGAUUCCAAAGGGAAGAACUCCAGACGACAUUGUCAAAGAUUUGUCAUAUGUAAUGGAGGAUGAGCUGUGGAAUAAUGGAUCUCAGAGAUCUCCACUAUUUGGAGGACAUCAAAACUGGUCGCAGAGAGAGGAGAGUUUUAAACUAAAAUCAACCAUGAAGGUGCACUGUGGAUUUAUUCACAAUAAUGGUGCUGAAAUGGCUCCUUCAGACAUUAAGUAUGUCAAGAAGUGUAGGUUUGUGGUCACAUCUGGCAUUUUUGAUGGAUACGAUAUACCUCAACAGCCUUCAAAUAUAAGCCUUCGUUCUAAGAAGCUCUUCUGCUUUCUUAUGGUUGUGGAUGAGAUCUCCCUAACAUUCAUAAUGCAAAAUGUUACUGUCAAAGAGGAUGGUCAUGGGGGGAAAUGGGUGGGUAUCUGGCGUCUUGUCUUACUGAAGUAUUCACCUUAUGAUGAGCCCAGAAGGAAUGGGAAAAUCCCAAAAAUUUUACUCCAUAGAUUGUUCCCUCAAGCUCAGUACAGCAUUUGGAUUGAUGGUAAAAUGGAACUGAUCGUUGAUCCAUUGCUAAUACUGGAAAGGUAUUUAUGGCGUGGGAAGUAUACAUUUGCCAUUGCUCAGCACAAGCAUCACCAUAGUAUAUAUGAGGAAGCUGACGCAAACAAGCGGAGAAAGCGAUAUGCCCGACCUCUUAUUGAUCUUCACAUGAAAAUUUACGGCUACGAAGGAAUGGAGUCAUGGAAGCCAGGGGGAAAAACAAUUAGUGAUGUGCCGGAGGCAGCCAUUAUCAUACGGGAGCAUACUGCAAUGAGUAACUUGUUUAGCUGUUUGUGGUUCAAUGAGGUCGACCUCUUCACACCAAGAGACCAACUGAGCUUUGGCUAUGUUGUAUAUAGGUUAGGGGGCUUGUUCAAGUUCUAUAUGUUUCCAAAUUGUGAGUACAACUCUCUGUUUGUGCUGCACCCACACACAAGGGAGCAUUCUUCAGCUGUUGAAUGGGUGAAGAAUAUCACCGAGCUUGAUGGUAAAGGUAGCAGAAUGAAAGAAAGGAGGGGAGGAUUAGGCUUGUGGACUCCUUAUCCUGGGAACCUCGAUUCAGUUGUCCUGCCAUCUGUAGCAAGAACAUCAAAAGCAGGCUGAAGUUCAAUUCAAUCCAGUCGGCCCUUCUUAACAGCUUCUACCAUGAUUUCUCGAUAAUUUAGUUCAUUAUCUCUUCGCUGCUUUAUUAAAAAAGAAGAUUAAUACUAGAUACAAGUCCAUACAAGCUUUUCAAUGGGGCUUGUCUAUUUAAGACUUGUAUCUAGCAUUACUUAAAAAGAAUGUUAACACCCUAGAAAAUAUUUAUGCCACCCGCGCCUGGGGGGUUGGG